AUGACGGCAGAUGAAUAUCAACGGAAGUUCUCGGCCGGUUCGAGGACGAAUAGUAGAAGUCAAAGUCCCAAAAAGAGGCAAAGAAGUGUGCCAGGGAAUGAGGAUGAUGAUGCCUCUGGGAUCGAAGAAUCAGAACUCCUUGAAAAUCAGGACGAGGAAGAAGAGGAAGAAGAGGAAAGAGGCAGAACCCGGAAACGAAGGUGGUCAACCGAGACUAGCGACGGUCUUGGCUUUUUCAGCGAACUCAAGGACCCUACAACCGGGGCUUUGCCUGACGGUCGGAGCAGCCAGAGUCCCGGUCCCCAUCGUAAAAUGCCACGAUUCUCAAACGUUCGUUCUCUACAUACGCCACCAAGGUCAACAAGUCCGAUAGGGCAAUGA